AUGACCAUCACUUCUCAUAAGUCACCGCUCCCUAAGUCAUAUAAAAUUGCUCUUAAUGAUAAUGCGGCGAUGGAAGAUGAAUAUAAUGCUCUUAUUAAAAUAGGGACUUGGGAUCUGGCACAAGCUCGUCUUGUAUGUGAUGGCAGGUCGCAAAAAGUUGGUGUGGAUUAUGAUGAGACUUUCAGUCCGAUAGUUAAACCGGCCACUAUUCGUACUGUUCUAAGUAAAACUAUGGCUAAAAAGUGGUCGAUUCAUCAAUUAGAUGUUAAAAAUGCCUUCUUACAUGGUGACUUACAGGAAACUCUCCGAAAGGCUCUCUAUGGUUUGAAACAAGCUCCUACAGCUUGGUUGCGUGCAGAGAUUAUAUCUCAGUUACAAACUGAGUUCCCUAUGACUGAUUUGGGUCCUAUGAGCUACUUUUUAGGGAUUGCGGUGAUCCGUACUCCUUCUUAUUUGCUACUUUCACAGGAAAAGUAUGCACAUGAGAUUUUAGAGCGUGCGGGUAUGAGCUCUUGUAAACCUGCAGCUACUCCAGUUGACACUAAGUAUAAACUUAGUGAAGAUGUAGGACCACCUUUUCGGGAUCCUACUUUAUAUCGCAGUUUAGCAGAUGCUCUUCAGUAUCUCAUCUUCACUAGGCCAAAUAUUGCCUAUGCGGGUACCAUUGAUCAUGGCUUACAUUUAUAUCCAUCUGCUUCUCAUCGUUUGAUUACUUACACUGACGCUGACUGGGGAGGUUGUCCCGAUACCCGUCGUUCUACAUCGGGUUAUUGCUGCUUUCUUGGGGACAACCUCAUUUCUUGGUCAUCUAAGCGUCAGCAUACAUUAUCUAAAUCGAGUGCAGAAGCAUAA